AUGUCCUAUACAUCCAAGCUUCCUGCGUCUUGGAACGAUCAACCUCCUUCUCGCAAAGUGGAAAUUGACCUGAGUUCACCUGGCUUAGCAGUGUGUGAGUUGGAAAGACUUUUGUUUACUGGCAAAGCCAUCAUCAGCCAUGCAGAUGAAGUGUGGCCGAGGCUUUAUAUUGGUGACCAACACAGUGCAGAGAACCGGGCUGAUCUGUGCAAGCAUCGAGUCACCCACAUCCUCAAUGCAGCUCACAGUAAACGCGGAGUACAGCCGGGCAUCUACGAAGGCACGGAGGUCACCUACAUGGGCAUAGAGGCUCAUGACUCCUGUGGCUUUGACAUGAGCGUCAACUUCCAGGCAGCAGCACACUUUAUCCACAGAGCUCUCAGCAGAGGAGGCAAAGUGUUGGUGCACUGUCAUGUAGGAGUGAGCCGCUCCGCCACCCUUGUCCUGGCUUAUCUGAUGCUGAAGCAGAACCUGACCCUCGUGGAGGCUAUUUGUGCUGUGAAAGACAACCGGAGAGUCAUCCCUAAUCGAGGUUUCCUCCGACAGCUCAUCAGACUGGAUGGCCAGCUAUUUCGCACACAGUGA